UUAGACUAUACGGGAGGUUUAUAUUUUAUCAACGUUGAAUAGAAACAUAAAAUAAAAGAACAAUGUUUGUCGUUUAUGUUCUUGGAUUGGGUUGUUUGCUAGCAAAUUUCGGACAGUGUGAAAUAACAUGGGAAAAUUCGUACAACCGGCUGUCUUUUCGACUUGACGAUAACGUCUUUGAUAUAAAGUCCAAACAGAAUUCAAUGAUGAAACAGUUCCAGGAUCUCAUGUCAAUGAUGACUGCGACAAAUCAGAAGUUGGCCUCCUUUGAAAAAAGGCUCAGUGAGUUGGCUGAUUGCAGUGCGAAGCCGGUCACCUUCGAUGACAAAUCCUUUCAUAUCGAGACUUACGUGAAAGAAGUCAUUGAGGCGGAAGUAGGGCGACUGACGCAUCUGUUGAGACGAGGUCUGGAGCAGGAAAAGGCGGCAACGAUGACACGAUUUGAAUCAUUUCGGAAGAAUCAAGAGCAAAGCCUGUCGCGGAUAGUUGAUCUGGAUACGCGAUUGAAUGAAACGCAAGUUAAUGUAUCAAAUCUAGAACAUGAGGUGAUUGAUACGGUUAAUUACACAAGUAUCUUGUUUGGAAGUGUCAAAAUGCUUGAAAAUACGCAGUUUGCGAUGAUAGGGAAUGAAGACAAAACGAGAGCGCUGGUAUCGGUCAUUGAAGAGGAAGUUAAGUAUGCGCAGAGAGGCACCAAUACACUCCAGUCUCAGGUUCAAACCCUUGUGGGAAUACAAUCGGAUCUUCAGUCCAAGACAAAGGCUAUCGAAGAAAAGGUCGAUACGACACGAGAUGAUAUAUCUCUGCUUCAACGUAUCGUAUCAGUUGACGGACAGUGGGGUACAUGGACUGCAUGGUCUCUUUGCACAUGGUCUCACUGCACCCAGACACGGACUCGAGCUUGCAACAAUCCACAACCGCUACUUUUCGGGAGAGAUUGCCCCGGUCUUACGACACAAACGCAAGAAUGUAACAAAUCUUCAUGUGGAGGGAAAGAUUGCACCGAGCUUCUAAGAAGAGGUGCCCCAAAGCUAAGUGGUGUGUACACCAUCAUCACCCCUGUCACUCACACCAAGGUACAGGUGUUCUGUGACAUGCAGACAGAUGGUGGAGGCUGGACGGUAUUUCAAAAGCGGUUCAAUGGCAGUGAGGAUUUUUAUCGGAACUUCAGUGACUAUGAAGCCGGCUUUGGGUCUGUUUACGCAGAAUACUGGCUGGGUCUUAAAUACAUUCACGAGAUAACAUCACGUGGUUCCUACCAACUCCGUGUGGACAUUGUAAGUUCGAGCGGAAGCAAGGGAUACGAUGUGUACGAGGGCUUUAGUCUUCAGCCUGGAACAAACUACACACUGAACCUUGGGUCAGGAGUACGGUCCAAUGGUCUACGCAUGAUCAUGACGUUGACCGUGCGAGAUUGGCCAGCUGUGCAGCAAUAUAUAAAGGGGGCUGGUGGUAUAAUGACUGCAAGGGAAAAAUCAAUCCUAAUGGACUUUACCUACCAGGACAAAAUGAUGACAUGUCCAUGAGGUAUGGCGGUGACUACGGUAUUGCUGACAUCACCAUGAUGUUUAAAAGCAUUCCAUAAAACGGAAAAUAUUUUAACUGUGUAGAUUAGACAUUUACACCACCAAGCAAACAGACUCAAAACGACUCAUUACGAUGACAAACGCAUGUACGCAAAACGCUUCACUUUCGCAGUUUUGUUUAAGUUGCAAACGUUGGUAAAUAGUGUAUAUGUGAUAUGUCUCUUAAGUUUGUUGCAUAAAGACAAGAUGUAACUUAUAUUAGUUUUGGAUUCAAGUCAAAAUUAAAAGAAAUUAAUGGUA